AUGUUGGGUCCAAAGGGUGGCAUGAAUUGGAAGGCUACAAAAGCACAAUUACCGCCUGCGAGAGCGAUAUGGGUAUUUCUUACAAGGACGCGAUUUUUACUAUGUGUAGCAUUAGCUGGUGUCGUUGUAUUAUUAUGGAGAGGAAUUAGUACUUCAGCACAAGAGAUGCAAAGAUAUUAUUGUUGGGGACCUUCGAAACCACCGAUGCAGAUGACAUUGAAUGAACAGGCCGACUGGAACGCGCAUUUACAAACACCCGUUAUCUUCAAUCAUCACGAGCCAGUUGUUUGUCGACCUCAACCCCAUCCGAUCUACUACAAAAGCAAUUGCGAACAAGGAACGAAUUUUGAUCUUGACCCUCUCCGAGAUGCCGCGUCAUAUUUGCCAAAAUACUUUGAUUUACUCUCACUCUUGUCAUAUCCACACGAUUUGAUUGAUCUUGCUUUCUUGGUUGGCGAUUCAUCUGAUGACACUCUCGCUGUACUUGCUGCAGAACUCGACAGAAUCCAGGACGGAAAGGAAACUGAGGCAUUCAACAGUGCUUUGAUUGUUCAAAAGGACUUUGGUGCGGUUUCGGGCCAGACCGUUGAGGAACGUCAUGCAUAUGCAGCUCAGGCACCCCGAAGAAAGAUCAUGGCUCGUGCCAGAAACUAUCUCUUAUCUGCGGCAUUGAAACCCGAACAUUCAUGGGUCUACUGGAGAGAUGCAGACAUCGUUGAUAGUCCUGAGAAGAUCAUUGAGGAUUUCAUUGCUCACGAUAGAGAUAUCAUUGUACCAAACGUCUGGUUCCAUCGAUACCGUGAUGGGGUUGAUAUUGAGGGUCGAUUUGAUUACAACUCAUGGAUCGAGUCGGAUAAAGCACUUAAGCUUGCCUCGAAGCUUGACAAAGACACAGUUAUUGUCGAAGGUUAUAAAGAAUUCGAUACUGGCCGUACUUACAUGGCUUUGAUGGGUAAUUGGAGAGAAAACAAGGAUGAGGAAGUCAAGCUUGAUGGUAUUGGUGGAGUCAACAUUAUUGUCAAGGCAGAUGUUCACAGAUCAGGAAUUAACUUCCCCGCCUACGCAUUCGAAAAUCAAGCCGAGACUGAAGGGUUUGCAAAAAUGGCCAAGAGAGCAGGGUAUGAAGUUAUUGGAUUGCCCAACUAUGUCGUCUGGCACAUGGACACGGAGGAGAAGCCCGGUAACAACGUUUGA